AUGAGGAAGGCAGCCAGUACUGCGAUGAUUACUGGCUUCUGGCUGGGUCUUAUCAUCGAGACCGAGGGCUGCAUGUUCUGUGCUCUCCCGCACAAGAGAAUACGGGACAGGUUUGAGAAGCUGUGCGGAGAAUACAAGACAUUGACGGGGUCUGCAAACUGCACCAAGUACACGGAGGCAAACCUGGUCAAGUUUCAGUUUGAUGAAUUGUCGGUUGACAUGAUCACAGAGAAGGUGCACCGGGUCCUACGGGUUAUAGGAUACUCCACAACGGUUAUUAACUGCAGCCUGUGUCAAGAGUUGAAAGUUAACUGCUGGAAAAUGAAGACUUGCUGGCCAAACAUGCUGGACCUGGGCGAAUCCAUCUAUCUGAUCCUCGGUCUGUCAGCAGGCUCGAUCUUGAUUGGUUUUGUGACCCUUAUUUUUGAGUAA